AGAUGCGUCCAAGUGUGUCCAAAGAUAAGAAAACGUCUUUAGGUUAAGGACAAUUCAUUGACUUUUGUGCCUUAAAACUAGCUUAUACUUUUAUUUAUAUAUCACAAAAGAAGACAAAGGAAGAGAUUUUUCUUCUUCAUAAUCCAAAAAAAAUGGAAAUUGAUCUUUCAUUGAAGAUAGAUAGUAAUGAUUUCGAGCAAGAAGUUGAAAAUCAUGAACAUGUUAAAGAGGAUGAGAAGGAAGAAGCUCACGAAACUACAGCUGGUGAAAUUGAAGAUGAUGAUAACACAAAAAUAAAAGAGUUAACUGCUUUAGAAAUGGAGAUGGAAAGCAUGAAAGAAGAAAACAAAGCAUUGAGGAAAGUGGUGGAACAAACAAUGAAAGAUUACUAUGAUCUGCAAACAAAAUUUUCAGUCAUCCAAGAAAAUAAUAAUAAUAAAAAUAAAAGAAAGAAUCAUCAUCAUCCUCAUCAACAACUUUCUCUCUCACUACAAGAGAAUAAUGCAACAACAAGUGAUGAAGGGCCCUCAAGAUUAACUCAUGAGAUUUUCAGUAAGAAUAUUGAAAGAGCUUCAUCUCCAUUAAUAUUGAGCAAUAGUGAUGAUAGUAUAAGUGAGAGUGAUUUGGGUUUAUCACUAAGGUUGCAAACAAGGACAUGUGAGAAAGAUAAUGAAGGAAAUAAAGAAGGAAAAAAAGAACAAUUGGGAGGUUUUGAAUCAGUGCAGAAUAAAAUUCAGAGAGUGCAUGAGCUGCCCGGUAUUACUGCUCAUCCUGCUUAUUCCCCUCCUAAUAGAAAGGCUAGGGUUUCUGUUAGAGCAAGAUGUGAAACUGCCACAAUGAACGAUGGAUGUCAAUGGAGAAAAUACGGACAAAAAAUAGCUAAAGGAAAUCCAUGUCCACGAGCCUACUAUCGUUGUACUGUAGUCCCCGGUUGUCCGGUUAGAAAACAGGUGCAAAGAUGUAUAGAUGACAUGUCUAUACUAAUUACAACAUAUGAAGGAACACAUAACCAUCCACUACCUGUUGGUGCAACUGCUAUGGCUUCAACAGCUUCAGCAGCAGCUUCAUUCAUGUUACUAGAUUCAAGCAAUCUUAAUUCAGAUUAUGGUUACACCUCUCAACAAACCUUUAAUCCUUACAUUAAUAACACCUUCCACCACGCAUUUAACGCGUCUUCAAAUAUUCGAAGCAUAAACCCCAAUGAUCCAUCACAAGGGAUUGUUCUUGAUCUCACCAACAACAAUAAUCUCAACGAGCCGCGGCGUUUCUCUAUGGCAGGUAGCUCCAGCUCCGGCUCCAUCGCAGCCGAUCAACCUCGUUUUCCUUGGUUGCAAAACAAAUAUCAACAGAGUAGUUCUAGUAGUGCUAAUAUUGGAAUGAACACUUUUCAAAACCCUAGAGGACCAUUGGAUAUUCAUGAUAGGAUUUGGAAAGGAUCAGAAGAAAGUAGUAAUACUAAUAACAAUGUGUCUGCAAUUGCAUCAGAUCCUAAGUUUAGGCUUGCUGUUGCAGCUGCAAUUUCAUCACUCAUGAAUAAAGAAAGCAACAACACUACUACUACUCAUGGUAGCAACAAUUAGAUCAUUGAUCAACCUCUUUCUCAAAAUGGUAAACCCAGUAUUUGAUUUUUUUUUUCACUUUAUAGUAAUAAUAAGUUUGUUUUGAAGACAAAAAAGAAGUAGUUGCACCAAUAAUACUAAGUGAGUUAAACAUUACAUUUUUCACAUCUUGAUAAAUAAAUAAUUAUAUUCCUAUUAUGAGGGAGGUUAUAUACUAGUUAAAUUAUGUUUUACUUGUAAUAUGGUUUAUUUUUGUUACUCAUUUCUAGUCUUUGUAAUGUACACAAAUAUAGUCUAGUUGAUAAUAAUUAUGUAACGAAACUAGCUGGAUCUCAUAUCAGAUUCUUUUCUUUUUA